AUGGGUCGUUCGCGUGUGUUAUCGUUCAUCUCGGCCUUCGGUGGCUCUCGCAAAGAGAACCCCGAACAACAUCACCGCACCGUCUCGGCUUCCGCCACCUUAAACAAAUCCCCCCCCAGGUCCGAAACGCCGACGUCUGAGACGCCCUCCCCUCUUGAUGCCUCCCCGUCCGGUCCCUCCAUCGGGGAGCGACGGAUUUCGCGCCCGGCGUCCACGAUCUUUUCGCACACCCCACCCUUGAUGGAGUUCGCUCAAGAUACGCCCCCGGAGCUGCAGCCCAUCUUCACCUACCUCAACAGCCACUCUAAUAAACUCUACCACGAGGGCUACUUCCUGAAACUGAACGACCUCGACACCCAAGGCCGUCCCUGUGGCGAUCGCCAGUGGGUCGAAUGCUACGCGCAACUCAUCGGGACCGCCCUCUCCUUGUGGGAUGCCGCGGCGCUGGACGCUGCGGGCGAAGGGGAAGAGGUCCCCCCCACCUUUAUCAACCUGACCGAUGGGUCCAUCAAGAUGAUUGAGACCCUCCCCACCCGCAAUGAAGGCGCGCAAACGCUGAAGAAUGUCCUGAGCCUCUGCUCGGCCGGCCAGAAUCGCUACCUCUUCCAUUUCAAUUCCUUCCAUUCGCUGACCCAGUGGACGGCUGCCAUCCGCCUGGCCGUGUACGAGCACACGUCGUUGCAGGAAGCCUAUACCGGGUCGAUCAUCGCCGGCAAGGGAAAGCAACUCAACGGCAUCCGCUCCCUCCUCGAACGCCAUCGGUUCAAGUACGCGGAUUGGGCGCGCGUGCGAUUCGGCGCCGGGACUCCGUGGCGGCGCUGCUGGUUUGUCGUCAGUCCUCCGGACGAGAAGGAAUUCCAAAAGGCCCAGAAGUCCAUCAAGAAGUCUGCGUACGACCGCGCUCCGCGCUUGGUCACGGGGGACAUCAAGUUCUACGAGACCAAGAAGACCAAGAAAGUGAAACCCAUCGCCACCAUCAAAGACGCCUACUGCGCAUAUGCGAUCUACCCCCAGUCUCGCGCCUUGGUCGACCAGUCCACCAUGGUCAAGAUCGAGGGCCGCAUCACCAUCCACUCGGAGCCCGAGUCCACCUCGGAGGGCUUCGUCUUUGUCAUGCCGGAGACGCACCCGGCCGUGUCCGGGUUCGAGAUCAUGCUCAAAUUCCUGAUGCCGACCUUUGACACCUUCAACCUCUACGGCCGCCCCACCCGCCUCAUCGCGGCGACGAACCACAUCAAGAGCAUCAUGUUCGCCUUCCCGAACGAGAAGCGCCACGGGUACCUGGACGUCCUCGAUGUCUGUCACCUGAUGCAGACGCCCGGCAGCCAGAACUGGAGCGAGGCCGAAUGGCGGAAACAGCUGAAGGAAGCCACCGCGCACCGGAUGGCCAACGUCGGGGGCAGCGGUGCGAGCAGCGCCUCCAGCAGUAAACCCCAGUUCCGGGCCAGCCUUCCCAACCGAUAUAGCCAGGUGCCGGGCGGCCCGCAGCGACGCCCCUACCUGCAGGAGCAGCCUUUCAACCAGUCCAGCGAUGCCGUCAUCCAGGAGGGGCCUCGCGACCAGUCGUUCUCCGCGGCGUACCACACGCGAGUCGCGUCCGACACCGCUGGAUUCCCCGGCGCCCGGAAGCUGCCGCAGGAUUCCAUCGCGGAGAGCGCCUCCCCGGCAUCAUCUGCGCACGAUCUGGCGGCGCCCGGCGGCGAGCCGCGCCCGGCGACGAACGGCCAGAGUGACCGCAGCAGUUCGGACGGGGAGUGGAAGCCCCAGCCCGAUCAGGAAGCCGAGGACAUUGGACAGCACUAUCGCUCGCCGUCUCCUCCGGCGCCCGUGUCCCUGCCGCCCGCCUUCACCCAUGGGCCGGGCGAGGUGCCCUCGUCCCGUCCUCGCCCGUCGUCCGAUCUGCGCCGGGCCAACAAUCGAAUGUCGAACGCGACGCUGGCCCAGCUCGUCGCCGCGUCCGGGAAAUCGAACUUCGCCGGGGCCGCCGCCGCUCCGCCCCACCAGCGUGACCUGAAAGAGGCGGACGAGCAAGACCAGAACCGGAUGGCCGCACGCAAUCCCCACCCGACGGUCCCCGAGGAGUCCACGCUGGCCCUCGCGGUGUCGGAUUAUGGACCCCCGCCCUCGGUCUCGCCGCUGCCGGCGGCCGACGCGGAAAAUCAGCCGCGGGGGAUGUUCGGCGCCCCCCUGGCGAAGCCGCCCGCUCGACAGAGUCUCCAGCUGGACAUGAGCAAGUCCGUGAAGCGGAAGCCCCUGCCUUCCCGCGACAGCCGAGAUCUUGCGACUCCCAGCCCCGUGGGGGAGCCCAGUUACGACGACCUGCGCCAUACCGUCGACGAAGAAGUCCUGAACUGGGUGGGCUCGCACCCGUCCCUCCCGUCGCCGCAGAAAGAGACCCAGGAUGAGGAAAGUGUCUACGAUGACGGGGCGUCCACGGUGUCGCCCGAUUACGCCAGCACCCACGGGUCCGUCUACAGCAAGCACUCGGUCCGGUCCGUCCCCCGACCGCGGAUGGGAGUCAAGAAAACCGUCGGCGCUGUGCCGCAAAAGGACCUGGUCAUCGGCGACGCUCGCUAUACUUUGGACACGCCCACCUCUCAACCCAACCCCAAUAUCCCGUCCGUCGACUUUGGACCCACCCUGACGUAUCUGCCGACUACUGGCCGCCCGACGACGUCGGACACGCUGAAGAAGAACAUCCAGCAUCACCGGACGGACUCGGAUAUCACCGAGCGGCAACGCUACUAUACUCCCACCCAGCCGAUGGACCGGGAGCACUCUCGAUCGCCGAGCCAGGACGAAUACCGGCGGAGCAUGAUGUGGCAGCCCGGCAUGGCAGCUGGCCGUCCGGUCACCCCCGGCGGUCUGACGCCGGAACAAUUCGUGCAACGGCGGGCGGCCCCUAGCCCGCCCGUCCACAUCCACCACCGGGCUCCCUCCACCACGCCGACCCCGCCCCCGGCGCGGCCAGUUUCAGGCGACUGGACGGCUCCGCCCCGUCCCCACUCGCGCGGCGCCAGCAGCAUGAUGAACUACAACGACAUCUCGUCGCACCUGUCCGCGCGCGAACAGGAGCACGUCGCGCGCAUGACCGGCUCGUCCUUCUUCAACCUCUCCAGCGAAAACAAGAAGCCCCCGACACAGGUGAACCCCAUGGGUCUCGUGGGGGCCAUCGACGCACGAGAGCGCGAGCGAAAGAGCAUGAUGGACGGCAUGUCCAACCAGAUGGUGCAGCACGCCAUUGCCCAGCGCCAGCAACACUGGCAGCAACAGCAGCCACAGCCGCAGCCGCAGCAACAGGCCCCAGCGGUGCCCCCCAAGUACGCGACCACCAACGGCCGUCAUAGCGUUUACAACAUGCCCACCGCCAGCCACACUUGGGACGCUCUCAAUCAGCCGUACCGGCCGGAUGAGCCGCGGCGCCAGUCGUGGUAUGGGCCUUUGGCGUCGUCUCCGUCGCCGCAGGGGGCUUCGUAUGCUCAGAGCCAGUAUUUCAGUCAGCAUCCGAGCCAGUAUGGUAAUGCGAAUGCUAUGCAUUACUGA